GACCACCACCAAGCAACAGAUCGCAUCGAUCUUCCGCGAACUUUUACCACUACUCGUGUCUCUAGUCGGCUAGGCGUCGACUACCGAAGAAGAAAAACUACACAAUCCAUCAUGUCGGCAGAUACUCUUCAGGAUGUCCAGGAGGGGGAGAUUGAGUCCAACUGGAACGAGAUUGUUGACAAUUUCGAUAAUAUGGACCUGAAGCCUGACCUGCUCCGUGGAAUCUAUGCCUAUGGUUUUGAGCGCCCUUCCGCUAUCCAGCAGCGCGCCAUCGUCCCCGUCAUCAAGGGACACGACGUUAUUGCCCAGGCCCAGUCCGGAACCGGCAAGACUGCCACCUUCUCCAUUUCCAUCCUCCAAAAGCUCGAUCCCAACAUCAAGGGCACCCAGGCACUCAUCCUCGCGCCAACGCGUGAGCUUGCUCAGCAAAUCCAAAAAGUCGUCGUCGCCCUCGGCGACUACAUGAACAUCGAGUGCCAUGCUUGCGUUGGCGGCACUAACGUCCGCGAGGACAUGGCCAAGCUUCAGGAGGGUGCGCAAGUCGUCGUCGGUACUCCCGGCCGUGUAUUCGACAUGAUCACCCGCCGCGCGCUCAAGACGGAGACCAUCAAAAUUUUCUGUCUCGACGAGGCCGAUGAGAUGUUGUCGCGUGGAUUCAAGGACCAGAUCUACGAAGUCUUCCAGCUCCUUCCUCAGGAUACCCAAGUUGUGCUGCUGUCGGCUACGAUGCCCGCGGAUGUGCUCGAGGUGACGAAGAAGUUCAUGCGCGAUCCCGUCCGUAUCCUCGUCAAGCGUGACGAGUUGACCCUUGAGGGUAUCAAGCAGUUCUACAUUGCGGUGGAGAAGGAGGAAUGGAAACUGGACACGCUGUGCGACUUGUACGAGACGGUCACCAUCACCCAGGCUGUCAUUUUCUGCAACACAAGGCGGAAAGUUGACUGGCUGACUGAGAAGAUGCACUCGAGGGAGUUCACUGUUUCAGCCAUGCAUGGCGACAUGGAACAGAAACAGCGUGAGGUCUUGAUGAAGGAAUUCCGCUCGGGCUCAUCGCGUGUUCUCAUCACGACCGAUCUGCUUGCCCGCGGCAUUGAUGUGCAGCAGGUGUCGUUGGUCAUCAACUAUGACCUUCCGACGAACCGGGAGAACUACAUUCACCGUAUUGGCCGUGGCGGGCGAUUUGGUCGGAAGGGUGUCGCCAUCAACUUUGUCACAACCGAGGACGUGCGCAUGCUGAGGGAUAUCGAACAAUUCUACAACACUCAGAUUGAUGAAAUGCCUCUUAACGUCGCCGAUCUCAUUUAGACGGUUUUCACACCACGCUGCCCAUACAUUAUACGAACGAACGCUCUCAUCAUCACUGGAACCGAC